AUGCCUGCUGUUAAGGGAACUUGUUAGCAGUUUGAAAUCAGAAGUCAACACUCGAACACGAUGAAUUCCUUGCUGGCUGGAAUUACUUUAAUCCUAACGCUUUGUCACUUCACCGUGGGAAUGGAACCCACCGAUGGAAUUCCUCCACUUCCUCCAAUACGACAAUUAAGAGAAGAUUCGGAGGACUGGAAUUACAAAAAUCCAAAUGACUGGGUCAAAUCUUUCGAUAAAUGUGCUGGUAGAGAACAAUCGCCGAUUGACCUUCGUGUAGCUACUGCAAUACGGAAUCAUUUCCCGGAAUUCAAAUUUCAUGGCUAUGAAGUACUUCUCAGGAUGGAAAUUAGGAACAACGGGCAUUCUGUUGAGCUUAAACCAGCUCUGUCAGAGGCAACGACAUUUCUGCCUUAUAUUACAGGUGGUGGACUAAAUAACGCAUACAUCUUUCACUCAUUGCACUUUCAUUGGAGUGACAACUCAGCUCGAGGUAGUGAACAUACCAUCAAUUCCGUCUAUUUCCCAGCCGAGUUACAUGUUAUCCACUACAACCAUAAAUAUGGAUCAUUUGAAAACGCCGCCCAAAAUUCGGAUGGAUUUGCUAUCUUGGCUAUUUUAAUUGAAUUGGAAAGACAAAGCAACCCAAUUUUUCGCCACAUCGUGAGUCAACUGGGAAAAAUUAAAAUGAAAAAGCAAAAGGCCCUUCUUACCAGUCCCAUCAUUCUGAGUGAUAUUCUACCCGACAACACCAAAGAUUUUUACCGUUAUCACGGUUCCUUGACGACCCCCAACUGUGAAGAAACUGUCAUCUGGACUGUUUUCACGACUCCAAUUGCUGUCUCUGAAACCCAGUUGAACGCUUUCAGAUUCAAAGUUUACGAUUCUGAUGACGAGCGUAUGGUAAUGAACUGGCGUCCCCUACAGUGGAGUAAUAACCGCAAAAUUUACUUGAAUAAACACAUUUAAGUGAUUUAUUUUAUAUUAAUCACGACCCUUAAAUUAAAUUAUUGGCUACACAAUUUUGUAAGCGAUAAUGUUUAUAGGCAAAUAAACAUACCGUAAUGA